AUGGCUAAGGUGUUAUGGGCCAUCAUCGCCGUGGCAGCAUGCAUUGUUAUGGCGGAGUCUCUGAAGUGUAAGACGUGCUCUGUGGGGCUGCUGGGGUCGUGCCUGCAGAGCUCUGAGCAGAACUGCACUGGCUCUGAGGACAGGUGUUUUACUGGAAAAGCAGAGUUCGACGUCUCUGGAGCGUUGAGUUUUGAGACCAGUGGUUGUCUGGCCAGCUCCUCCUGCGUGAACUCCACCGGCACCAUCCUGGGCGUAGGUUUCACCAUCACCCGAACCUGCUGUAGCACGGACCUGUGCAAUGCAGCCAGCACCACCCACCUCCCCAUCACCACAGCUCUCAGUGCAGCACUACUGGUGUCUGUCUGGGCCAGCGGAAUGUUCUAG